AUGUCAGGAUCUGAAAAUGAACAUUUAGAAAUAAUACGUAAGUCUCUAAAAACUUGUCCAAAUUUCCCGAAGAAUGGCAUCACAUUCAUCGAUAUCUUGGGUAUUUUCAGUAAUCCAACAGCACAUCGUGCAUUGAUUGAUCUAAUUUUAACUCGCAUUAGAAAAUUUGAUACAAAAAUUGAUGCUGUUGUUGGACUUGAAGCACGUGGGUUUAUAUUUGGUCCUCAGAUUGCUUUAGAAUUACAGGUACCAUUUCUUCCUGUUCGAAAACAUGGUAAACUUCCUGGAAAAUUAGUCAAAGUUGAUUAUGCUCUUGAAUAUGGUACGGAUACAAUUGAAAUGCAAGUCGAUAUUCUUAAAUCAGGAACAAAAAUUCUCUUGGUUGAUGAUAUACUUGCUACUGGAGGAACAUUAUCUGCGGCACAAAAGCUAUGUGCAAAACUUGGCUAUGAUGUAAGCGAAACUUUAGUGAUUAUUGAAUUAUUGGGCUUAGGUGGACGUGAAAAAUUAGCCAAUAUCGAUCAUUUUACUACUCUAUUUCAAUAUUCUCAAAAUGAUAUAGAAGCUAUUGCAGCUCGAUACGAAAAAUGA